AUGCCGGUUGAGCUUUUGGUUCAACAACCACGCCGAGAGAACCUCCGGGUUCUCCAUCUCGAACCACGAGGAUACACUACUUUGUUCAACAAGUCAAACAACGGCAUUAGCAGACGCAUUAACCAAAUGAUGUAUUCUAUGCUUCGUAGAGGAUACGAGACCUACUGUGUGAUGCCCAGAGAUGAACAAGAGUUAUGGUUCCAUAAUUUUGCGAAACAAUUCGAUUGGGAGUUGGGACAUACCGAAACGGUCCGACAGCAACAAUUCAAUUUUGAAAGAGUUUCACCUGAUUAUACUCUAGUUUCACUAAGUUACUCUAGUUUCACCAAAUUCCACAAAUACGAAACUGAAAUUUUGUAA